UCACCCCCUCCCAGCCCCUAACCAAACUACAUCUCAGUCCUUGAAAAUGCACAGAGACGCCUGGCUACCUCGCCCAUCCUUCUGUUUCACUGGGCUCAGUCUGUUUUUCUCUCUGGUGCCAUCAGCACCGAGCAUGGAGGUCACAGUUCCCAUGACCCUCAAUGUCCUCAAUGGCACUACUGUGCGCCUGGCCUGCACCUUUAACUCCUGCUACACAGUGAACAAUAAACAGUUCUCCCUGAAUUGGACAUACCAAGAGUGCAAGAAUUGCACUGAGGAGAUGUUUCUCCAGUUCCGGAUGAAAAUCAUUAACCUGAAACCAAACCGUUUUGGGGAUCGGGUGGAAUUCACAGGGAACCCCAGCAAGUAUGAUGUGUCUGUGACCCUGAAUAAUGUACAGCUGGAGGAUGAGGGCACCUACAAUUGCUAUGUCAUGAACCCACCCGACCGCAACCGUGGUCUAGGCAAAAUCUACCUACAGGUUCUAACACAAGUGCCCCCUGAACGUGACUCAACGGUGGCUGUGAUCGUGGGUGCCUCAGUGGGUGGUUUCUUGGCUGUCGUCAUCCUGGCACUGAUGGUGGUCAAGUGCGUGAGGAGGAAACAGGAGCAGAAGCUGAGUGCGGAUGACCUGAAGACCGAAGAGGAGUGUAAGACAGAUGGGGAGGGCAAUCCAGAAGAUGGUACCAAGUAAGGGCGGAUGGUCUCUUGGCCUUCCUCCUCUCCUGCCUACCUGUCUCCCUCUCAUUUCCCACCCGAUACAGUGUGCUCCUUGCCUACCCUCUCAGUGUGCUUCUCUUAAGCCAGGAUUCCAGCCCCCAACUCUGCCUCCUCCUCACAGACCUCCCUACCCCCUUGCCCUAAGAGUGACUCACCUCUCUUCCAUCAGAGAUGGCCACCAUUAAACCAGCUGGGAAUUGAAGUUCAGAUGGGGUGUAGGAAAACAAAGGGGCCUAGUAGAUACCACUGCCCAUAUAAAUGCCCAUCUUCUUCCACAAGAAGAAGGUAAAAUGGGAUGACCAUUCCUGCAUGAGAGGUAAGGAGCUCAUGCCAGGAUCCUAAAGAUGGAGAAGUGUUGGGAGAGGAUGAUGGAGGACGAAGAAAUAAGCCCCCUCAGCCAGUCCAGUACUUGGUUUGAGCCUCUACUACUGCACCAAUCUUAGAGAGAACCCUGUUUAUGGUGCUGUUCUGGCAUUGUUGGAGCUACACCUGAAGAUGAUCUCAUCUGCUGGUUUCUGCAGAAUUCCUGAGAUUUUUCCUAACAGAGAAUCCCCUCAAAGCUCAUCAAGUUUUUUGGAGUGUCUGAAUGAGUUCCCAUAGUUUGGGGGUUUCUGGUAGACUAGUGUAUUUACUAGAUAGUGGAGGCUGGGAGCAAAACCCAAGAGAAGCAGGAGCCUUCGUCUCAGUAUUCUCUGUCUUGGCCCUGUUGUCCUCCCCAGAUCAUCUACAGAGUUCUUCCACCUCAUUAUUCUAGCCCAGGAACCCCUUGGGUUUUUAGGGUGAUUUUACUGGAAGAAAUGGGAAUCACUUGAGCUGGGCAUGGGUGGAGGGAGUGUGUAGUUCCAGCUAGGUAUGCUGACUGGGGGUGGCUAUUUUGGCACUGGUUGCCUAGCGACAGGAAAGCCCCAGUUGUAAACCUGUUUAGUGGUAGAGACACCUUUUACUAGCAGUCUGCUAAUUGCCUUCUCAGAUAAGAUGCUCACCUCCCCUCCCUCCUCCCAACCUAUGCCUUAGGAACACUCAGUGUGUGUGUGUGUGUGUGUGUGUGUGUGUGUAUGUGUGUGUGGGGAGAAUGGUAAGAGGAAAGAGAGACACAUUCUCAGCUAAAGGAUGUGUGCUGAAUAUGGGACUGAAAAGAAUGGGGGUAGCGUCUUUCCAAGGUCCAGUUUGGACAGACCAUUUCCAGUUGCUCUCCACAGGGUCUCUGACUAGUCUGAGAUUUGCUGUCCAAGUCCAUCAAUCAGAUUAGAGACCAGAGAUGAGGUGGGAUGAGGAAGAGGUGUCUAGGAGGGGGCUCCAAAUCUCCUUAGCAUUUAGACCUAUAGUAGACCUCAA